AUGACCGAGUCAUCUGAGGGGAGCUAUGUGAGGGAUCCGCACGAAAGACUCGCCAACUUGGAGAAAUUAAUGGUAUUUACGAAAAAAAAGAGCAUAGGAGGUAAAGAUGAGGAUAGCGAGUUGGUCUACAUCUACGCAUGUGUAUUCUUGGGCUUUGUGCCAAUACUAUGUGCAGGAGCAGGUUAUGGGGUAAUAAAGCUACAGAAUCGCAAGCGUCGAAGACUAAAAAUUCUCCAAGAAACAAUAUUACAUAAGAAAAAAACAAAUGGCAAGGUCAAUGUUGAUAAAAUGAUUGUGCGAGAGUGGCUACAUGCUAAUCAUAGACGUCUUGUCAAAGUCAAGUUUGGACCUGAGCCUGCGCUGUAUGUAGUUGAUCGCAAAGGUGACACUUUACGGACAUUAAACUUUGUUGGCAUCAACAACAUCAGCAUCGAAGAAUCUCAGGAAAGUGACUCACAGUUUUCAAAGGGUCUAGUGUUGCUGCGUGUUCCCCGAGACUACGAUUUAGUCCUUGAGCUGGACUCUCUGAGCUCACGGCGUAAGUUUAUUGUAAAGCUAAAGACUUUUCUUUCAUUGCACAAAAAGCACUUUACGAUUACACACAUAAAUCGGGACACUAUGUUAGCCAAGGCAGAGACAAGGGAACGCCGGCAAAAGAAGCUUGAGCAGUUUUUCCGGGAGGCAUACGCAUUGACGUUUGGACUACGUCCUGGUGAGCGUAAACAGCGUUUUCAAGAUAGUAAUAGUGGUGAAAUUAUGACUGUGAUGCGCACAUCCCUGUCAAAAAGUGAAUUUGCAAGUGCUCUUGGCAUGAAGCCAGACGCAAUUUUCGUUACAAAGAUGUUCAACAUUGUUGACAAGGAUGGUGAUGGCCGCAUCUCCUUCCAGGAAUUUCUCGACACUGUGCUGCUCUUUUCUCGUGGAAAAACUGAGGAUAAGUUGCGCAUAAUAUUUGAUAUGUGUGACAACGACUGCAAUGGUGUAAUUGAUAAAGAGGAACUUUCUGAAAUGCUUCGGUCGCUUGUUGAGAUCGCUCGCACAACUAGUCUCUCUGACGAUCAUGUAACCGGGCUCAUUGAUGGCAUGUUCCAG